UCUUAAAAGCUGGAAGAUGUUGACACUGAAGAAAAAAGAGAUCAGUUUCUGUCGGCACAUGGAGACAGUCUUCUUGACAUGGGAUUUAGUAAUCCGUAUAGUAUGAAAAGGGAGAAUAAAGGAGAACUGAUCUACAAAAUAAAGAAGUUCUAUCUGUUUUUCAGAAUUUCAGGAGAAAUUAGUCAAUUCAAGCAAGGGAUGAACGAGGUUGGCAAAACAUGGGAUUACAUUCAAGACAACGCAAACGUCUUUAAACCUCUGUUCUGCUACAGAAAAGAAGAGCCUAGCUUAGAUGACGUAAUGGGACUAUUUACGGUCAGUUACAGUGUAAAUGGCUCCAAUGCUCGCACAAUGGAGGAUGCAACGAUUUACGCGUGGGAGCUGUUCCUACAGUCCAUUGAAGACAAAGAAGUACCAGAGGUCACAUUUGGCGAGUUGCUUGCGUUUGUAACGGGAUCUGACCAUAUUCCACCAUGUGGCUUUCCAAAAAAAAUAGAAAUUGAUUUCUUCAAUGAUGAUAUUCGCAUGCCGCACGUGUCCACAUGUGCUUUGCAAAUGUGGCUGCCACGUGCAGCAUCCCCAGAGCGACUAUCCACUUUGCUUGUGAGGGCGCUAAAAGAGUCGAGGGGAUUUCUGAAAGUUUAGAUUUAUGUUUUUAGUAAUAGAUUUAUACUAACUGCUCUCUACUACAAAUAUACUGAGAGGCAAAAGAAACUGUGCACUUUUGUUCACAUGCUUACAUUGACCUUACAAAAAUCAGGAUUUCUCAAAAUAAUGGUAAUAAAAGAAAUUGAUGACAUUUUAAAUCAUUUGUCAGGUAAUUUUUCUCUAUUUAGAGUGCUGACUAAUGCCAAUUGCUCUUGUUCUUGUACUUUGUAUGUAAACUUUCAUAGUCCGCAUGUUAUAUAUUUACCAAGAAGAUUAAAUGUGAAAAGUGAACAGUUUCUUUUGCCUCUCAGUAUAUGAGUUUACAUGUUUUCAAACGUUCUAAGAAUUUUGCUCACUUCGAAGAAGAGGGGUAUAUAUUGUUUUACUCAUGCCAGUCGAUCUGUUAGUCAGUCGGUUGGUCCGUAGACCAUUUCCUUUCCACAAAAUAUCGUCAGAAAGCUUUGAGAUGGGGUCAAACUUCAAAAAGUGAUUGCCUCAAUAUUGUCAGAAAGUUAACCUCGCAUGGUUUCGGGGAGGAGCGGGGUUGCAGUAUUACAAAGGUCAAGGUUACAGUGCCCUUCAAACUGAAAACGGUCUCCUACGAUCGCUAGGGAACGAUUGUGCAUACAACUGUCAAACUUUAUUUGAUGACUACAGGUAGUGAGUAUAUGAGCCUUACAUUUUUGGGGUCGAUAGGUCAAAGUUCAAGGUCACAGUGAUCUCAAACUGAAAAUGAUUUCCGCGUGAAACGGCAGAGCAGUAGGACAUAUGGCUGUCAAACUUCAUAGGAUGAGUGUGUGUUGCCAAUAGAUGCCAUCAAUUAUUUUGUGUGCCAUUUAACCAUCUUUUAAGCAGAGAAUAGUUAGACCAACAGUAACUGUUGUCAAACCGUGGUCAGCAGUGUUCGGGGAAAUGUAACAGAUAAUAAAUGGCUACGAUGCCGGCAAAUGUGUUUUUACAAAUAGCAUUUGAUGUAUUCUGUUUUAUCGUUAUCAGUUUUAUCAGUUGUUUUAAAAAUGUUUAUUUUCAUUUUCGUUAUGAAAGGUAAGCUAAGUUAAGCCACCUAUGUUACUCAUUGUAGUUCUUAUUUAGAGAUGAAAAUAUACAGAAAAGUUUUGUAAUCUUGUAACUUUCUGGUGUUGGAUAGUUUAUAAUGUGUCCAUUCAAUUGUGAAGAUGAAACGUAUCUCCAACUUUUAUUUAUUAUUCUUCUCCACGCAAACUAUUUGUAAUCUCCUUGAAAUGUAUGAUACAAAAUGGUUCACAAAAAUAAUCAGAACAAAGAAAUAGCAGGAAACACAUUUAUACUGUAAAAGAUCUUUGAUCAUUGAUUCAUGAGCUUGUCAUGGGACAUAAAUGAUAAUUGAGUGUAGGGUCCAUACUGGUUAUUGAACGUGUUGAAAAAAUCUUGCGAGCCUCUGGCGAGCAAAAUAUUUUUUACAUUGAGUUCAAUUAUUUCAUUAUGAAGCUACACUAAUUAAAUAUU